AUGGAGAACAAGACAGGCAAUCCUGUUGAAAAAUCUCUCUAUGAAUACGCGUUACAUGCUCUCUGUUGUCCAUUAUAUGUGGUUGAACAAACGGCAACAAUAGACGAACUUGCUGCACAUGUUGCUAAACUUUUUAAUGUCGAUCCAAAAGAACAUAAACAAAAAUUUAUUCAAGCUCUUAAGAGAGAUUCAUGGUCUGCUAUACUAUCCGUUGAUGUUAAAAGAGCUCAUAAUUUAUCUGGUUCUACUGAUCCGUAUUGUAAAUUAAGUGUAAUACGUAUUUCCAGCAUUCAAAAUAAUCCGACUACAAUUAAUCAACAGAAGUCAAUAAUGACGAAUCUCAAGCAAAUAGAUCAUACAAGCAGUAAUGGAACAGAUUCAACAGAUCUUUCAUCAAAAUUAUCAUCUAAUGAUAGUAAAAAAUUGAAAAGUAUUAGUUAUCUUACACAAGUUCAACGAGAAACUAUCAAUCCAGAAUGGAAUGAACAUUUUGAAUUUCCAAUAGAAGAUCUAAAAGAAGAACAUUUACUUAUAAAGGUAUUCAAUUCAAUUUAUGAUCAACUAUCAGAGCUCAAAGCAGGUGUUUCAAGCAUAUUUGUUGGAAUUCGAGGUUUCAAAGUGACAAGUGAAACUGAACCUAACCUUUUUGGUCAAGUUAGUCUGGAUAUUAAAUCAUUAGUUGCAUUUGAUCGUGAACAAUGGUUUUUCUUAAAUGGACCGAAUCAAAAUAGUUCAAAUAAUGAUACAUCACGAGGUGAAAUUCUACUUCGAUUACAAGUUAAAUUUAAAUUGGAUGAUGAUAGGAAUACAAAUAGUCAACAACAUGAAUCAGAUGGUACUCUGUUACAAUAUCAUGACUGUGAUUUAUCAUCAUCUCUUACUCAAACAAAUUCAUCAACUACAGCUCAUCCAGUAAUUUUUCAGAAAAAUUCUUUUUCUUCAUCACUGCCAGCUCUUUCUGAUAUAAACUCAUCUACAUUAGCCAUCGAUUCAGAUUUUCAAUCAUUAGUUGAAGAAUAUCAUAAAUUAACUCGUAUUGUUAUACGACAUCAAUUAGAAGCUAUAAGAAAAACAAGGAAAACCAAUCAAUCAAAAAAUUCAAUUAUUAAUUGGAAUGGAUCAUUAAAUGAUCUAUCUUGUAGUAUUCUCUCACGAUUUCGUGUUUUAUACAAUAUUUCAGUUCUAUCAGAAACAUUUAUACAGCUACUUGUUGUCAUGGAGUUUCGAUAUUUAGAAGAUUAUGGAUUAUUUAUAAGUCAUAGUGUUAUUGAACAGUAUUUAAACAUACUUAUGGAAGAAAUACGACAAAGAAUUGAUACUGAUGAUCUAAAUUUUACUGAUUAUGAAAGAACUGUAUCUGAAGAAAUUUUUUCUGUAUUUUUUGCUCAUUAUAAAAAGCAUGUAUCUGAUGAUAUACCAUGGUUUUUACCUGCGCCAGAAAAUCUAUCAAGUAUUCGACGUAUAUUCAACACAAUUUGUACCUUAUUUAUAUUAAAAUCUCACUCGAAUAAAUCAACAAUCAAAGUGCUUCUUGAAGAAACAAUCAAAACUCGUUUACAAACGGAUAUUAAUGAUGCUUUUAGUAUUGAUACAUUUGUGUUUCGAGAUAACAAUGAUAUACAAUUAAAUGCUAUUCGAGCAUUUCUUGAAUUCGUUAAAAAAUUAGUUAAAUCAAUGGCAAUUAUACAAGAAUAUCAGAAAAUUUUUGCAACCUUCGAUGUUAAUUAUAUAAAAACGUGUUUUUUUGAACCCAAUAAUGCAGGAGAUCGUUUAGCUGACCUAACAAGAUGUAUAUUAACAAAUAUGACAGACUAUUUUAAAAAAUAUGCAAAACCGAUGAUGAAAGCAACAUCAUCCAUAUAUGAUCCAAAUUUAAUUCAGAGUUCAAGUGUACUUUUAGAAUUAUAUUCAUACUUAGCAAAACUGAUUGAGUUACUUCAAAAUAUGCUUGAAGCAAGAGAUUGGCAAACAAAUGCAUAUAAAUUAAAAUUAAUCAACUACCAAAAUUGGUUUUCACCUACAAUAAAAUUUGCAUUAGAAGGUUUUGUUGCACAUAUCAGACAAGUAAUGGAAAGAGCAUUAGAAGAAAAUAAUGAGAUUUUUAAUGACGAAGAUAAUAUCCGAUAUUCUGACUCAUCUAAAGCAGCUAUUGCACAAUGUAUAAGGCUUUGUAAUGAAUGGGAAUUGUUUAAUUAUCCUGAUAUAGAUAUACGUUAUACAGCACUAAUUAAAUUAACAAAUACAAUAUGUGAACAAUGUCAACGUUAUGCAAGACAUACAGCAUAUAUAUUAUCAGAAAAGAAAUAUUUUAUUGAUUUAAAUCGAAUACAUUCAUUUUAUGCUUCGAAAAAAUUCUGCAUCUUAGUUAAUGAUAUUGAAUAUAUUAAACAAACACUUCUUUCAUCAUUACCAAAUUUAUUACAUUUUUCAUCUGUUAUUGAUAAAAUGAUUAAAAAUUAUGAAUCAAAAGACUUCCAACAAACAAUAGUAACACUUGAACGUCUAAUAACUACAGCAAAAAACGAAAUGAAUAAUACUAUCAAUCUUAUAUUUGAACGUUUUAUUGAAUUAUUUGAUGAAUGUUUGAAAGGAAAAAUUUCCAAAUACUAUGAAAAUGAAAAACGCAAAACAAUCGACCCUAUGAGAGAUAUGAAUCAUUAUAUCGAUCAAGAAAUUCUUUAUAAACUAUGUAGAGGUGUCGAAACAGCUCAAUAUUUUCGUGUUGCUUGUGCUAUACGUAUAGAAGUAUUGAAAUACUUAAGAGACUUCUUACCAUCACAAGAACCGCCAGAGUUUUAUGAACGUGUUUUACAAUCAUUUGAUGAUUUGACUACAUACUUUGAGCUUGUAUGUCGUGAAGAACAAGAUGUACCUUGUUCACCAUGUGAAGAAUUUGCAACAUUUCGACGCACACUUGAACAAUAUGCAAUACCAACUACGCAUUUGCAAUUAAUUUAUUUUCAAGAAAUAACUCAAACGCAUUCUCCUGUAAAUAUUCUUUGGAAGUUUUGUUAA